AUGAGAUUACAUUUAUAUCGCAAUAUAAAAUUGAUUUAUGUCGGUUUCUCGUCAUUUAUUUUAGGAUAUAUUCUAUCAUAUAUUAAUACCGACAUUUGCAUUAUACCUACCUCCCAAGAUGUUCCUGAUUAUGAUAUUAUUUUAGUUAUAUUAACAUCACCUCAAAAUUAUCAUAAAAGAGAUGCAAUUCGUAAGACGUGGUUACGGUUGAAAGACAAUAUUAAUUAUAACUCAUUUGAGUCUACUUUAGACUACAUGGAUGUACCUAUUUAUAACCAAGAAGGAUUUCUGAAAAAGGACACAACAACAAUUCAAAAACAAAGGCUCAUUAAAUAUGCCACAAAGUUAAAGACUGAUUCAGCUCAAUUGAGGCCACAAAAGCAUUUUAGUAGGACUAGAUUUAAGGUGAAACAUUUGUUUUCAAUUGGUACCAAUGGCCUGUCUACUGACAUCAUCUCUUCAAUAAAGUUAGAAAAUUCGAAGUUUGAUGAUAUAUUAUUAUUGCCUUCAUUAAAUGAUUCAUAUAGAUCUCUUACAAAUAAGAUAGUUCAAACUUUCGAAAAAGUUUCGAUAUUGUAUAAAUUUAAAUAUAUAUUAAAAUGUGAUGAUGAUUCCUUUAUUAAAUUAGACACCGUAAUUGAAGAAUUAGAAGCUUAUGAUCAUAAUGUUAUGGAGAUAUACAAAUAUAAUACUUCCAUGCCACAGUUAUAUUGGGGAUAUUUCAAUGGUGCAGCUAGAGUAAAACAUAGUGGGCCUUGGGCAGAGAAGGAAUGGUUUCUUUGUGAUCGUUACUUACCUUAUGCUCUAGGAGGUGGUUAUAUUCUUAGUGCCUAUUUAGUGAAGUACAUUGUAAAUAAUGACCAACAUUUCAGCAAAUUUAAUAGUGAAGAUGUUUCUGUUGGUGCCUGGUUGGCUCCUUUAAACAAUGUUUAUCGAAGGCAUGAUCCAAGAUUCAAUACUGAAGCAAAUCCAAGAAAAAUGAGUUUGUUGCAUAUUGUAUUGCAUAAAGUAUCACCAAUGGAAAUGAAAUCUUUGUUGCUGGAUUAUAAGAAUGAACCAUAUGAAAAUAUUAAUGUAGAAGAAGUAGGGUAUAUUUAUAACUGGGAAGUGUUACCUAGCAAAUGUUAUGAACAUUUUAUAUGA